GUCCCGGAGGCAGGCGGGGAGGGGGCGGGCUCAGGGCGCGGGCGGAGGAGGAAGUGUCAUGGCGUCGGGCCGUGGAGCUUCUUCUCGCUGGUUCUUUACUCGGGAACAGCUGGAGAACACGCCGAGCCGCCGCUGCGGAGUAGAAGCGGAUGAAGAGCUGUCGCAUCGCCAGCAGGCGGCCAACCUCAUCCAGGACAUGGGACAACGUCUCAAUGUCUCUCAGCUUACAAUAAACACUGCGAUUGUUUAUAUGCACAGGUUUUAUAUGCACCAUUCCUUCACCAAAUUCAACAGAAAUAUAAUAUCACCUACUGCAUUGUUUUUGGCUGCAAAAGUGGAAGAGCAGGCUCGAAAGCUUGAACAUGUUAUCAAAGUAGCACACGCUUGUCUUCAUCCCCUAGAGCCACUCCUGGACACAAAAUGUGAUGCUUAUCUUCAGCAGACUCAAGAACUGGUUUUACUUGAAACCAUAAUGCUACAAACACUGGGUUUUGAGAUCACCAUUGAACACCCACACACAGAUGUGGUGAAAUGCACCCAGUUAGUAAGAGCAAGCAAGGAUUUGGCACAGACAUCCUAUUUCAUGGCUACCAACAGUUUGCAUCUUACGACCUUCUGUCUUCAGUACAAACCCACAGUGAUAGCAUGUGUAUGCAUUCAUUUGGCUUGCAAAUGGUCCAAUUGGGAGAUUCCUGUGUCAACAGAUGGAAAGCACUGGUGGGAAUAUGUGGACCCUACGGUUACCCUAGAGCUGCUAGAUGAACUAACACAUGAGUUUCUACAAAUAUUGGAGAAAACGCCUAGUAGGUUGAAGAGGAUUCGAAACUGGAGGGCUAUGGCUAAGAAACCAAAAGUAGAUGGACAAGUAUCAGAGACACCACUGCUUGGUUCAUCUUUGGUCCAGAAUUCUAUGUUAGUAGAUAGUGUCACUGGUGUACCUGCCAACCCAAGCUUUCAGAAACCAUCAACAUCAACGUUCCCUGCUCCAAUACCUCUAAAUUCAGGAACUACUUCUGUUCAAGAUAGCCGUGCAUCUGAUAAUUUAUCAGUGCUAGCAGCAGGAAUGCCCAGUACCUCAUACAGUUUGUCAUCACACCAAGAGUGGCCUCAGCAUCCAGAUUCAGCCAGGACAGACCCAGUGUACACACAGAAACAGGAGGCCACUCUCUCUGGGAGCCAGUACAUAAGCUUCCAGCAGGGACCUUCAAUGGCACUGCAUUCCGGAUUACAUCACAGGCCGGACAAAGUUGCUGAUCAUUCAUCAGCUAAGCAAGAAUAUACUCACAAAGCUGGGAGCAGUAAACACCAUGGUCCCAUACCUGCUACUCCUGGAGUGCUUCCUCAGAAAAUGUCUUUAGAUAAGUACAGAGAAAAGCGGAAGCUGGAAACCCUUGACAUGGACACAAGGGAUCACUAUAUAGCUGCCCAUGCAGAACAGCAGCACAAGCAUGGGCCGGCUCAGGCAGUCACAGGCACUUCUGUCACUUCUCCCAUCAAAAUGAAGCUUCCCCUCACCAACUCGGACAAGCCUGAGAAACACUUGGCAGAGAAAAAGGAGAGGAGUGGAUCACUGAAGCUCCGGAUUCCCAUCCCCCCGCCUGACAAAGGUCCCAGCAAAGAGGAGCUGAAGAUGAAAAUCAAAGUGGCAUCCUCGGAAAGACACAGCUCUUCUGAUGAAGGCAGUGGGAAGAGCAAGCACUCAAGCCCACACAUCAGCAGAGACCACAAGGAAAAGCACAAGGAGCACCCUGCCAACCGCCACCACAGCAGCCACAAGUAUUUGCACAUGCACAGUGGGGGCAGUAAGCAUGCCGCCGAUGGAAUGCCUCCCACGGUGCUCAGGAGUCCUGUGGGCCUGGGCCCUGAAGGCAUCUCCUCCGCCUCCAGUGCAAGGAAGAAGUUGCAUAUCAGCGAAGCCUCCCACAACCACCACUCCAAAAUGAGCAAAAGUUCCAAAAGUUCAGGUAGUUCAUCUAGUUCUUCCUCUGUUAAGCAGUAUCUAUCCUCUCACAGCUCUGUUUUUAACCAUCCCUUACCCCCUCCUCCCCCUGUCACAUACCAGGUGGGCUACGGACAUCUCAGCACCCUCGUGAAACUGGACAAGAAACCAGUGGAGCCCCACGGUCCUGAGGCCAAUCACGAGUACAGUACAAGCAGCCAGCAUAUGGACUACAAAGACACAUUCGACAUGCUGGACUCGCUGCUAAGUGCCCAAGGAAUGAAUAUGUAACCUUUGUUUAGGUCAACUUUUCCUUUCCUUUUUAAUUUAAAAAUGGUUGGAAUGGAAAACGCCCUCCUGGUCCAGCGGUGGUGCCGCUGCUUCCAUAUUUGUAAGUGCUGCUUUGUUCUUCAUUCUGAAAGAAGAGAUGAUAGUAAACAAGCCUAUCUCCACAUACCAUAGUGUUACCAGGACUGUAACCGCAUGGAAGAUGCAGCUGAGAACAUUAGGAUGAAUGGCUGGCUGCUGCUAGGAACCUAAGCUGCCUCAAGCUUCUCUUAUUUAUGAUUUGAAUAUUGUAGCUGUUUUUUGUUGUUGCUUGGCUUUGAAUGAGUGUCAGUUGUUUUCUUUUGUGUAUUUAUACUUGUAUGUAUGGUUUGCAUGUCUCAGUGAUAAAGGGAUAAAACAGUAUACUGACAGCUGUUUACAAGAAAGUGGAGAAAAAUGUACAUACAUUUUUGUAUGUUUAGAUAUUACCAUAAAUACUCAGGAUUGGAGCUGCUUGUAAGUAUAACAAUAUACAGAAUAACUUUAUUUUCUCUCGUCAGAGUCCAUCACUAAUCUAAAACACAAGUGGCACUUUUUUAUGUUAACCUUAAUUAAACUCUAGGCCUUACUGGAAGCCGCUGAGGGGACACUUCACUACUAGACGGGAAUGUGGUGCCAUGAGUGGUCCUUAACACUGGGAAGCACUCAGUUUGCCUUCAGAGGUCCUGACCAGAUUGGCUGCAGAAUCAGCCGUUGAUUUCUGAAGGCUUGAAGAGGAAAACACAAUAAAGUUUACAUACUCUUGAUGUGAAGUGCAUUUAAAUGUUUGUUGGCUUGUUGCAGUGCUGUAGAAAGCAGCUAAUAAUUGGUGUGAGGAUGACUGUGACUUCGCUCACAGCAGCUCCCAGUGAAGAUGAGUCCAUUUCUUCAGGAACGCUGACACUACAGAUUCUAAGACUGAACAGGGGUCACUUUUCCUUUAGCAUUGCAGUGACACCAUAGUCUUGAAUAUACUCUUCCCAUGGAGAGAGAGUGUGUGUGUGUGAGAGUGUGUGAGUGUGUGGGUAUGGGUGUGAGGGAGAGAUACCAUAUUUCUUUUUCAGGUAAAUGCAGUCUUCCUUAUAAAAAUGAAAUUAAACCUAUGCUCUCUUGAUUCUUUUAUAUUCUAACAAUAAAUAAAAAAGAAAAGAUUGCUGACUGUGCAUUGUACCUGUAUUUAUAGCUUAUGGUCAUUAUCAGGAAAAUGUAAGGAAAAAGGCCAGCCUCAGGCAAGCCACUGCUGGGGUUUUACAUGCGUUUGCACGUCUUAGUAGGUUCUCAUUGAGGUAAUGCUUGCACUGUCACCUGACGCAUUGUCAGGGGAUAGACUGACUUGUCUGAAUUUUGGUAUAAGCACCAAUAGUAUAGCUCUUGUCUCUUGCCUAACCUUGAAUUUAUUUCUGUGGUAAGUCUUAGCUGUUGAGUCUCUUAAGAUGGGUUGGAUUCAACUUGUAUUGAAUCACAAGUUUUCCUCUGUAUAUGAAAUGUUUUGUUAUAAAGCCACUGAUCUGUGCACAAUUGUAAUUUUAUUCAAGUAUGUUGUGGUUGUAAAUAUUAGAGUUGAGCCUUGUACUCUACUUUUAUUUAGCAGUUAUCCCAUUUGCCAGUAGCUAUUUGUUUUUUAAAAUUGUUGAUUAUUUUGUCACUGUUAUUUGAACCUGGGAUGUCAGGAGCUUCUUUGUGGGAACUCAGCCUAGCAGGCUAGUCCUCACUCUGUUCUUGUUUCAUUGGUAAUCUUUGUUUUACUAUGUGAUUUUUGUUGCUGUGUGGUAUACUGUUGUAUCGUAAACAUGAUGAUUUUGAUACAGUUACAGUUUUACCGUGGUACAUUUCCAAGAACUAGCAUAGGAUUUAAACAUAGUACAAGGUGAGGGAGGGAAGGGUUUUUGUUCUUGGUGACUUAGAUGUGAAACCUCAACAGAGCAUCAUGUGAAUUGACAUGAGGUGGUCGUGCUACUGUAUCAUUGGGAGUGACCCAGGAAUUUUAAUCAGCCUUUGUAAAGAGUAUCCAGAGACGUAGUAAACUUAUUUUCAGUAUGACAUAGAAAACAAUGUGAAUAUUUAAGGUCUGGGACUAUAGUUAAACUUCACUAAGGAUUUUCAGAAAUGUGUUGUUUUUGUUUGUUUUUAUUUGUUGUUUUGUUUUUUAGAUAUGGGAAUAAAGGUAAUUUUGUUGACUCUUCAUUGGUGCUAAUGAUGGACAGUUAAACAGAUGUGUCUGCGCUGUGGAUAAGUACACUUAGUGCUUCCAGAACUGACUUUGUAUUCACUUCUCCCUCUGUAAAUGUAAUGCUUUACAAUGACUAUUUAUUAAAGGGCAGUCCGUUGUGAUUUUUA